AGCGAAGCGUCGGCUAUACCCGAGUCCCGGGACUGCAGCGCCUUGUCCGCUCAUCGUGUCUCACCUCAAGCCCGCAAGUCCUCGUCGCUGUGCACGACGACGAACAGGGCCCCAGCCUCAUCGGUCUCGACUCGACGACCCAUAUACGUCCGCGGUCUGUAUCGGCGUGGCCCCGCCGUCUUGACAUCGACCACAUCCUCGAUCUGGCAACAAGAGGCAGCAUAUCUGUCUCAGGAGUCUCUUGAUCAAUGGCCUUCAACCAGGUCACUGCGACAUCCCUUACACCAUCGCGACCUGCACCGGCUGCCCCGGUGCGUCGCGGAACCGACAUCGGCAACGCGCUCGCUUCGUCCGGCUACGCCUCCUCAUUUUCUGUCGGCAUGUCCUCCCCAUCUGGCUCAUCAUACGCUUCCUCUUACUCUGGCAUCGGCGCGUCACCCAUCCGCAACACUGACAUGUACUCGGGCUCGGAGGUCGUCAGGGCGGGCGUAGUGGCUGUGAAGGAGGACGGCCUCGUUAGCUGGCUUUGGCGGCCAAAGUGGUUGGUGUUGAAGGAGGGAUCGCUCUCCAUACACAAGAGCGAGUCGUCCCCACAUUAUCAAUACCUCAUUCAAAUGUCCGAUAUCACAAACAUCGAACGGACAGACCUGAAGCCGUAUUGCCUCUUGCUCGAGACGAAAGACAAGCGGUGGUUCAUGUCUCUCAAGAACGAUGAGGAGCUCUACGGCUGGCAAGACGAUAUCUAUUCUCGAAGUCCUAUGGCUGGCGUAAGCAACCCAACGAACUUUGUUCACAAGGUCCAUGUUGGCUUCGAUCCCGUUUCUGGAGCAUUCACGGGCCUACCCGAAGCAUGGAGCAAGCUACUUACGAAGUCUGCCAUCACGCGAGAAGAUUAUGCCAAGGAUCCACAAGCAGUGCUGGACGUCCUGGAAUUCUACACCGACCACCAGAAACGGGAGAUGGAGGAGAUGGGCAUAGGCUAUGGGCCAUCCCUGACGCCUGCUGGCCCCUCUAGUGCGAGCAGCAUGAGCGGCAUGAGCGGCACGACUCUGUCGCCGUACUCCGAUUCCUCCAGCGCUCCCCGAUUCAACGCAGGCACGGGCCUCGGCGGUGCAGGCGGCAUGGGCAAGAUGUCUCUUGACGGUCGGCCGUCCAUCAAGCGACAGGACUCUGCGCCGACAGGGCUGAACGGUACUGACACCGUCUCGAGCACCCCCGCCGCCCUCGCGCGCGCGGCCGAGCUCGUCAACGGCUCCGCGGUUCAGCACGCGAACACUAUAUCCGCCGCGCAGACGAACCAGAACAUCAGGCCCGGCAUCGGGCAGGCCAUGUCCAGCUCGCUCACGCCAUCGCGCCCCGCACCAGCUCGUCCGCUCCUCGCCAACCGCCCCGCUCCCCCCGCACCGAAGCCCUCGAUCCCUGAUCACACCCCGACAUCCGCUGACCUGCGCGCGCGGGCGAAGGCCCAGGGCCCACACGGCGCCGACGCGCAAGUGUCGAAGCCUCCUGGCCUCAACGGCGAUGCACGUGAGCCGCAGGAGAGGCGGCCGCAGAUGGCCCCGAGCAAGACAUCCCCUGCGACGAGCCAGCCCGCCACGUCGCCGGUGAACGGCGCCGCAGGUGCGACCGUCGGUCCGCCACCCGUCAAGCCGCUCCAGCCAAAGAAACCGAACGUACCCGCCAAGGACAAGGAGGGCCCGGCCGUAUUCGUGACUGCCGCUGAUGACGAGAAGGACAAGAAGGACGGUGGUGUCGCCGCGGCGGCUGCGGCACUGGAGAAGCCGAAGGAGAAGGAGAAGCGGAUAAGCACAAUGAACGAAGCGCAGAUCAUGGAGAAACUACGGAACGUCGUGAGUCCGGACAACCCGAAGACGCUGUACAGCAAGAUUCGCAAGGUCGGCCAAGGUGCAUCGGGACACGUCUACGUUGCGAAGACGCUUGCGACUGGCAAGAUGGUCGCUAUCAAGGAGAUGGACCUAUCGAACCAGCCGCGGAAGGAGCUCAUUGUCAACGAGAUCUUGGUCAUGAAGGAGUCGCAGCAUCCAAACAUUGUCAACUUUCUCGAAUCGUACCUCAUUAAGAACAACGAACUCUGGGUCGUUAUGGAGUACAUGGAGGGCGGUGCGCUCACAGAUAUCAUUGAGAACAACACGCUAGAGGAGGAUCAGAUUGCCAGUAUAUCCCUUGAGACUUGCAAGGGCCUUGGACAUCUGCACAGUCAGAGCAUUAUCCAUCGUGACAUCAAGUCCGACAACGUGCUCUUGGACGCACAAGGCCAUGUCAAAAUCACCGACUUCGGUUUCUGUGCGAAGCUCACUGACCAGAAGUCCAAGCGUGCGACCAUGGUGGGCACACCUUACUGGAUGGCACCCGAGGUCGUCAAGCAGAAGGAGUACGGUGCUAAGGUUGACAUCUGGUCCCUCGGUAUCAUGGCUAUUGAGAUGAUCGAAAACGAGCCGCCAUACCUCGACGAGGAGCCAUUGAAGGCACUCUACCUUAUUGCCACGAACGGCACGCCCACUCUGAAGAAGCCGGAAGCGCUCAGUCGGGAGUUGAAGGGCUUCCUGAGCGUAUGUCUUUGCGUGGACGUCAAGAGUCGGGCAACGGCAGACGAGCUCUUGGAUCACGACUUCCUGAAGAAAGCGUGCGCGCUGUCGGGCCUUGCACCUCUGCUGCGGUUUAGGAAUAAGCAAGCAUCGUAAUUUAGAUGUACUGUAGCCCACACGCGUGCGCGAGGCUUCGCGGUCUGUACCCUUACCCUCUCAUAGCCCGCCAUGCCGCCCCCUGUAUCCCUGUCGCUCCCUGAUCUCCCGACCCGUUAUCUAUUCUUCACGCUCACAUCGAUCUCACGACCUUCCUACGUUCUCCCGCCUCGCUCGCCUUGGAAAACACCGUACUGUAUUCUGGUCUGCUAGACGAAUAGUGCGAGUUGCGUCAUG